AUGAGGAAUAUACCCGACAUGGCUGUCACCACAUCGCCGCCCUACCAUGGCUCGCCAAUUCAUGACGGUUUUGCCACUAUUCGAGCGCCAAGAAGCAGAAUUAAAAUUAGAAAUCUAGUAGAACCAAACCACAGCACUAAUCUACCCCAAAGACACUCUGAAUACUUCACGCUAAAUAGAACCCAUCAAAACAGUUUCCUAGAUAACAGUAGUGCAAUACAAUAUGUAAAUAAUGAUUCAGCGACCGAUGCCUACAUCGAUAAGCCAUCAAGACUGAGCUUCACGGAGCCUAUUUAUGCCAAAAUAACACCACCGCCAUCCAAAAGCAAUUCUCCAGUGAAAAACAGAAAUGGCAAAAAAGAAAUCUAUUAUGAUUCUAUAAACACUAAGCCGCGUAGACGUUUAAAAAGUUUGGAAUUACCCUCGGAACAGGACGUAAGUUGCGGUGAAAAACUUGGAAUCUCAAACUUGAAUAACGGCGACCGUCAACCGUAUGAGUUGCACUUAGUUAUCCAAGACGGCAGUGAGCAGCAUUCCGUACGCACGGACUUUACUGGAUCGUCAAUCGACUGUAGAAGAAGUCAUAGCGAUCGCGAUAACUGCUCUGAAUCGUCCUCGUACUUCACGGACAACGAUAGACCAAUAUCAAGUUACAGUGACAAUUCAACGAUACCAUCUACGGACACAGAAGAUGUCUUAAAAGAAUUACCUAAUAAAUCUAAAUUUCAUAGAUCGCCACAAAAAUAUGCUACGCUGAAUAUAAGGAGACCAAAAUUCAUAGAUCUAAAACUUAAUAACAUGAAAGAAAAUCCUUUAUACGGUAGCUUGCAACGUAACAGAAUAGGCUACCAUUCUGAACCGAGUACACCGCUGACUGAUGAUCAUAAUGUCAUGCAUAACGAGCAUACAAUUCUUAGCGAGGUGCAACAAAUACCACGAAUGCCAUUGCAAAAUAAUAGAAAUGGUUUUAAGAGAUCUGUAAGUGAAACAAAUGGAUUUUCGAAACGGCUUAACUAUAGGCAUUCAUUUAGUGCAGAUAGUAGACCGCAAAGAAGACCUCACAAAUGUUGCGAAUGCAUAACAGGUAUCAUUGCAGAUGAGGAUUCUAGACAGGCGUCUACCAGACCGUUAUCAAGGACUCUAGGAACUUUAUAUGAAUCUCAAGACCCAAAAAUCGGUUGCCAAACAAUCCUGCGAUCUAAACCCCCAGUGCCUUGGUGGGAAUUAGCUAUCAAAAAAUCCCGCUACAAAAGUUGUCCAAUUUUAGAAGAGGCCCACGUGGUGUCCGCUUUUGAACAAAGCCUAUCAAACAUGACGCAGAGGCUGCAGCAGCUUACAGCGACCGCCGAGAGAAAGGAUUCUGAGCUGACGGAGUUGCGUCAAACGAUCGAGCUACUAAGGAAGCAAUCAAUUCAGGCCGGUCUUACGACAGCACACAUGCAGUCCAUGGGAAUUCGUGCGGACGGCGUCAAUGUCACCGGCCAGGAACCAUCCAAUCCUCAAUCGCAAUCGUCUCCCCAACGUGGUUUGCAAACGGGCAACGGAGCGAUUACGCGGCACCUGUCUACAGACAGCGUUUCUAGUAUCAACAGCCUCAGCAGCGGAUCUUCUGCUCCACAUGAUAAGAAGCAUAAGAAAAAGGGAUGGCUGCGGUCGUCGUUCACGAAAGCUUUCUCGAGGAACGCUAAGAUAUCAAAGACGGCAAAACAUUCGUCCUUGGGGCAACUGUCAUCACAAGACAGCUCUUCGGGUUCCCAUCACUACGACGACCCGCACACGAUCCGAGAAGGAAGCAACGAGAACAGUCUGGAACAUUCGCACGAAACGCUGGACGUUAAGGACAAGUGCUCUGCGGCCAACACAGAAGAACCGACCAAAGAUAAACCAGAGGAGUCUGACCGUUUAGUAGACGAGUUGAAGAGACAAUUGCGAGAAAAAGAUUUGGUGCUCACUGACAUACGAUUGGAAGCUCUUAGCUCAGCACAUCAACUUGAAAGUUUGAAAGAUACUGUUAUAAAAAUGAGGAAUGAAAUGUUGAACCUCAAACAAAAUAACGAGAGGCUUCAACGAUUAGUGACGUCACGAUCUUUAGCUGGCAGCCAAAGUUCGCUUGGUACUGGUGGAUCCGCUGUUGAAGACCCACGGAGAUUCAGUCUUGCAGACCAAAGUACUAUGCAUCAGGCGACGAUGGACAUGCAUUCACAGCCUUUAGACCUAGAUUUCAAUUGCAUGACGUCGACCCCAACCAUGGACUUUUCCAAAAAAGGCUCGCCUAAAUCCAGCAUAGAACCCAUAUACGGUAAUAAGGCCGUUUGCGAACUCAAUGAAAACAGCGAGACACUAUUAGGGGCACUGAAUGGCAGUAGUGAUUUAUUUGCGAACGGACUGAAUGCGUCAGAGCGACUGAGUGGCGACUACGAUAUAAACAGUGUUUUGCCGCCGCCUAAAAGUCGGGAACUUGCGAUAGGGGAAAGCUAUUCCGAUAUCGGUGUCGCCGACAGUCAAGGAGACACAACAGAUGGGAAGAAGAUAGCUAUAGCUGUAUACUUAGGACAAUCGGAGACAUUCCAAAGAUAUUUCGAAGAAGUACAGGACACGCUCACAGAAUCAGAAUGCAGAUUUUACGCCAAACAGUCUGCGAGCGCGUACAACAAUCACUUUGAGAAACAGUCGAGUUUCGACUCACCACGGUUGUCCCAGAACCGUAGUCCUGAAACUGAAACCCAAGACUACGGACAAAUAAAUAAGUCUAACACAAAUAGCCUUAAAAGCAAUAAAUCUACGCACAGUAAUUCGUAUAAGAAUGUUUAUAAUAGUGAUUCGACAAUAAACUGUAAUGAAUUCACCAUAGCUUACACUUAUAUCUCUGGCAAGACGACUUGGCAGAACUUAGAUUAUAUAGUUAGGAAGACGUUUAAAGAUUAUUUGUCUAGAAUUGAUUUGGGAACGAAUCUUGGUCUAAACACGGACUCGAUAACGUCUUAUCACUUGGGCGAAGCGACACGAGGGCCAGAGAUAGGGUUCCCGGAGUUGUUACCUUGUGGUUACAUCAUUGGCACUGUUAAUACGCUGUAUAUCUGCUUAGAAGGCGUUGGAAGCUUAGCGUUCGAUAGUCUUAUACCAAAAAAUAUUGUAUAUAGAUAUGUGUCGCUGUUAUCGGAACACCGGCGAAUAAUAUUAUGCGGACCAAGCGGCACUGGCAAGUCUUACUUGGCAGCCAAAUUGGCGGAGUUUUAUGUACAGAAGACGCAGCGCAGAGGAAACCCCGUUGAAGCAGUCGCUACUUUCAACGUGGACCGCAAAUCGUGCAACGAGUUACGGGCUUACCUGGCGAACAUCGCCGAGCAGUGCGGCGCCGCGGCCGCGGAAGAAGCGGCGCUGCCGUCCGUCGUCAUACUCGACAACCUGCAGCACGCCUCCGCCCUCGGGGACGCCUUCGCCGGCCUGCUGCCACCCGACAAUAGGAACAUGCCUGUUAUUAUUGGUACAAUGUCUCAAGCCACGUGCAACACUACAAAUCUACAGCUCCAUCACAACUUCAGGUGGCUUCUCACUGCAAAUCACAUGGAGCCUGUCAAAGGAUUUUUAGCUAGGUAUCUACGUCGCAAGUUAUUUACCCUGGAGCUCCGGCUAGGACGCCGCGAGCCUGCGCUGGCUGCAGUGCUGGAGUGGCUGCCGGGCGUGUGGUCCACACUCAAUGCAUUCCUUGAAGCGCACUCAUCCAGCGACGUCACUGUCGGACCGAGACUAUUUUUGGCAUGUCCCAUGGAUUUAGAAGCUAGUCAGGCCUGGUUCGCGGAUGUAUGGAACUACAGCAUAGUCCCAUACGCGUCGGAGGCCGUCCGCGAAGGCAUAGCAUUGUAUGGCAGGAGACGACAUGCUGCUGUAGAUCCGCUGCAACACAUCAAAUCCACUUAUCCCUGGAGAGAACCUAAUCAUUCCCACACAUUAAGAGCAAUAACAGUGGAGGAAAUUGGUGUUGAGGAGGCAAAUCAAGACCCCAACACAAAUAAUAAUCAAGAUCCUUUACUGAAUAUGUUAAUGCGACUUCAAGAGGCGGCGAACUACAGUGGAAACCAAAGUCAGGACUCAGACAACGCAAGCUUGGAUUCAAAUCUCACCCACGACAGCUCCAUGGGCAACGAGCUAUAA